AUAUAUUAUUGCAAAUGUUGGUAUUGCUUGGACUUGUGUUAUUGAGUUUACCUAAAGACUCACUGGAAGGACCCCAUGAAAGACGUUUACUGAGAGAUCUAUUCACUGAUUAUCAAGUGUUGGAGAGACCGGUCGCUAAUGAAUCGGAGCCAAUACUUGUUAGCUUUGGUCUGACAUUACAGCAAAUCAUUGAUGUGGACGAAAAAAAUCAGAUCUUAACAUCAAAUGUUUGGUUAAAAAUGGAUGAGAAAAAUCAGCAGUUAGUUACUAAUACAUGGCUAAAACUGGAAUGGGUUGACACUAAUCUCCGUUGGAAUGCCAGUGAAUACGGAGGUAUUCAAGACUUGAGAAUAACUCCCGACAAGAUCUGGAAACCAGAUAUUCUUAUGUAUAAUAGUGCUGAUGAAAAAUUUGACGGCACUUUUCAUACAAAUAUAGUGGUCCGCAAUAAUGGUAGCUGUUUAUAUGUGCCUCCCGGCAUAUUUAAGAGCACCUGUAAGAUCGAUAUAACAUGGUUUCCAUUUGAUGAUCAAAAAUGUGAGAUGAAGUUUGGCAGCUGGACAUACGAUGGAUUUGCAUUAGAUUUAAGACUUUCAAGUGAAGAUGGAGGAGAUAUAUCCACUUAUAUAGCAAACGGAGAGUGGGUUCUUAUGGGUGUACCGGGAGUUCGUACAGUACUAUACUAUGCCUGUUGUCCGGAGCCUUAUGUGGACAUAACGUUCACAAUUAAGAUCAGACGGAGGACUCUGUAUUAUGGCUUCAAUCUAAUAAUUCCUUCGGUUAUUAUAUCAUCGAUGACUUUAUUGAGUUUUACAUUACCUCCAGAUUCUGGAGAGAAGUUGACUCUUGGAGUAACCAUUUUGCUCAGUAUGAUUGUAUUUCUCAUGCAAUUGGCUGAAAUAAUGCCAGCCACAUCUGACUCCGUAUCGAUUGUCGGGUCAUAUUUUGCGUGCAUAAUGAUUAUGGUUGCGUUUUCGGUAGUGAUGACCGUAAUUGUGCUUAAUUUCCACCACAGAACUACUGAACAUCACGAUAUGCCACAAUGGAUCCGUACAAUUAUCCUGACGUGGUUGCCGUGGAUUCUAAUGAUUGAUAGACCGGGUAAAGUCAAGCCUCCGAGGGGUCGACAUAACCAGACAUCAUCCGCUUCGCCAAUUAAACGCCAAGAAGUGGCCAGUAUUAGCAACAAAUUAAAAGAAUUGGAACAAUUACAUACACAUACACACCAUCGACAUCAUGGUUCCCAUGUCUUAGAUGGAGACGAAGAUUUUAGUCAAAUGCAAUCGUCGACAACCCAUUGUUCGGGUGGCGCCUGUUAUUGCUAUUCAAAUCUAGAUUCAUAUCACCCAACAGUGUUUAGUGUGCAAAAUAGAUGCGAUGAUACGGAUGUCGGUGCUUAUAAUGACUCGUCACCGACCGAGACGUGUCCACAUCAUCACAACAAUGUGUCCGCCUCUAUGUGUGUCCGUGAUUUACAGCCUAUAUUUCGUGAAUUAAAAUUUAUAACAAACCGUAUGCGACGUGAAGAUGAACUCCAAGAGAUUAUCAGCGAAUGGAAGUUUGCAGCGAUGGUUAUCGACAGACUCUGUCUUAUAUUGUUCUCCACUUUUGCCGUCAUCUCUACUGCCGUUUGCCUCUUGUCUGCGCCACAUCUCAUCGCUUAA